CUGAUCAGGAAGUGGCGGGCGGAGCUCCCGGCCGAGUCGCGCCGCCUUAGCCGCCGCCGCCGCCGCCGCCGCCGCCAGUGCCGAGACCCCGACCUGGCGGGGCUGCGCUGGGCGUGCGUGCGGGCAGGCGGGGGCGCUGACGAGGAGCAGGAGGCGGUGGCCACGCGGGCGUGGGCGGCUGGUCGAGGUGGAGGCGCUGGGAGGCGGCGGCCGGUCGCGUGGGGCGGCCCUCCUCGCUCAGAAUUAUGGAUCCAAGCCUGUUGAGAGAACGGGAGCUGUUCAAAAAACGAGCUCUCUCCACUCCUGUAGUAGAAAAACGUUCAGUAUCUUCUGAAUCAUCAUCAUCAUCAAAGAAGAAGAAAGCAAAGCUAGAACAUGGAGGAUCAUCAGGCUCUAAACAAAAUUCUGAUCAUAGCAAUGGAUCAUUUAACUUGAAAGCUCUAUCAGGAAGCUCUGGAUACAAGUUUGGUGUUCUUGCCAAGAUUGUGAAUUACAUGAAGACACGGCAUCAGCGGGGAGAUACACAUCCUCUCACUUUAGAAGAAAUUUUGGAUGAAACACAACAUUUAGAUAUAGGACUCAAGCAGAAACAAUGGCUUAUGACUGAGGCAUUAGUCAAUAAUCCCAAAAUUGAAGUAAUAGAUGGGAAGUAUGCCUUCAAGCCCAAAUACAACUUGAAAGAUAAGAAAGCCCUACUUAGGCUGUUAGAUAAGCAUGACCAGCGAGGCUUAGGAGGAAUUCUUUUAGAAGACAUAGAGGAAGGACUCCCCAAUUCCCAGAAAGCUGUCAAGGCUUUAGGGGACCAGAUACUAUUUGUAAAUCGUCCUGAUAAGAAGAAAAUUCUUUUCUUCAAUGAUAAGAGCUGUCAGUUUUCUGUGGAUGAAGAGUUUCAGAAACUCUGGAGGAGCGUCACUGUGGAUUCAAUGGAUGAGGAGAAAAUUGAAGAAUAUCUGAAGCGACAGGGUAUUUCUUCCAUGCAGGAAUCUGGACCAAAGAAAGUGGCCCCUAUUCAGAGGAGGAAAAAGCCAGCUUCACAGAAAAAGCGACGGUUUAAGACCCACAACGAACAUCUGGCUGGAGUGCUGAAGGACUACUCUGACAUUGCUCCUGGCAAAUAGCAAACAGUUUUGUUCAUGAGCAGAGUUAACAAAGUCAAGAUCUUUCUUGUUGAUGCUGGGCUCUGAAGACUGUCUUCCCAUUCUACUUCUUGGACUGAGGAGAGGAGCAGUUCAGUUUACAGAACAAGAGCAAAUUACCAAACUCAAAGCUUACUUUAAUUGAAUGGGCUAAUGAGAUAUGUGAUAUUCCCUGUUAACCUUCUGUUACUUCUGGGGGAAAGGCGCUUAGCAUGGCAUGCAAGUGUCUUUGCUACUUAUCUCUAUUUCUAAGUGGUUCCUGGUUCCAUUUCUCUUCCUUUAUUACUUUAGAACAAGUUUGCAGAUAAAUAGUCUUGAAUGCAAUAUUUGUUUAUUCCAGAAGAACAUAUUUAUAAUAAAAUCAUUGUAGAAGGAACUCUUAA